AUGGCACUAGUUCCCUACGAUGAGGCUGCCGUGAUGGGGUUACAGAAAUUCCACAAGCCUCUUGCCACCUUCUCUUUUGCAAACCACACUAUCCAGAUCCGACAGGACUGGAGGCAGCUGGGAGUCGCUGCCGUGGUUUGGGAUGCGGCCAUUGUCCUUUCCACGUAUCUGGAGACGGGAGCCGUGGAGCUCAGGGGCUGUUCUGCUGUGGAGCUGGGAGCCGGCACGGGGCUGGUGGGCAUAGUGGCUGCCCUGUUGGGUGCUCAUGUGACUAUCACGGAUCGAAAAGUAGCAUUAGAAUUUCUUAAAUCAAAUGUUCAAGCCAACUUACCUCCCCAUAUUCAACCUAAAGCUGUUGUUAAGGAGCUGACUUGGGGACAAAAUUUGGGCAGUUUUUCACCUGGAGAAUUUGACCUGAUACUUGGAGCUGAUAUCAUAUAUCUAGAAGAAACAUUUACAGAUCUUCUUCAAACACUGGGAUAUCUCUGUAGCGACCAUUCCGUGAUUCUGCUCGCUUGCCGACUUCGUUAUGAACGGGACCACAACUUCUUAGCAAUGCUGGAGAGACAGUUUGCUGUGAGUAAGGUUCACUAUGACCCCGGAAAAGAUGUACAUAUUUACAAAGCACAGGGGAGACCUCUGAGGGAGGACUUGUAG